AUGUCAAUGGCACAGCAGGCAGCAAUGGCAGCGGCAACUGCUCCAACAGUGCACAUUGAUCGAGUGGUUCAUUCGGUGACAGAUGCGACAAAACGGCUUUCGCAGAUCUCUGCAAGCACAACAAACACGACAACACAAUCCUCAAAACGGCGUUCCAGAGAUACAAUUGGACCAUGGAAGCUCGGGAAGACACUUGGAAAGGGUUCCAGCGGUCGGGUGCGACUGGCAAAAAACACAGACACCGGAAGACUAGCUGCUGUUAAGAUUGUACCCAAGACUAGAGCAGCCAGACAAAACGGUGGUGGGGCAUCGCCAUACGGAAUCGAGCGUGAAAUCAUCAUUAUGAAACUCAUUUCACACCCUAACGUGAUGGGACUGUUCGAAGUAUGGGAAAACAAGUUUGAGCUGUUUCUGGUUCUAGAAUAUGUGGAUGGAGGCGAACUGUUUGAUUUUUUGGUUUCGCGUGGAAGACUGCCAGAAAAAGAGGCAAUUCACUACUUCAGACAAAUUGUAGAGGGUACAGCCUAUUGCCACGGCUUCAACAUCGCACAUCGCGAUCUGAAACCCGAAAACCUUCUGCUUGACAAGAAAAACAAACGCAUCAAAAUCGCAGAUUUUGGGAUGGCGGCUUUACAAACCUCCAACAAGCUUUUAGAGACGUCGUGCGGAUCGCCGCACUACGCUUCGCCGGAAAUUGUGAUCGGGAAAGCCUACAAUGGCGGUCCCAGUGACGUGUGGUCGUGUGGGAUUAUUCUGUUUGCACUAUUGACCGGACAUUUGCCUUUCAACGACGACAACAUCAAGAGGUUACUGCUCAAGGUUCAGUCCGGUAAAUUUCAAAUGCCGCAAUCCAUAUCGAGUGAGGCCAAAGACUUACUAUCGAAAAUCUUGGUGGUAGAUCCCGCAAAGAGACUUACCAUCAACGAAAUUCUUUUCCAUCCUUUGCUUGCUAAAUACAGCAACAAGCGUACGAAGUCAAGCUCAGAUCUUCACAUCUUGGAUCGUCCUCUACCACAAGUCAUCGCCCUGAACAGCGAAAAAGACGUGGAUCCCACAAUUUUGCAAAAUUUGCAGAUCCUUUGGCAUAGCGCUCCAAAAUCGCUGAUUUUGAAAAGACUGAUGGACCCAACACCCAAUGAGGAGAAAACUUUUUACGCCCUUCUCAUGGCGUAUCAGCAAAGGCAAUUGAACCAAAAUAAUGAGGCACCCGCAAUCAGUGCGCCAAAAAUAAUGCAGAAAUCUCAAUUUAGUGUUCCUUCUAUCAAAUCACAGACAUCGCCACGAAAGGCACAUGUUGCUUCCUCAUCUCGUGUUUUCAAGUCCGCGUCGAAGAAAAAAGUGAGCACCUCAGCCUCCAAAAAGUCUUUGCAUGGUUCAUCGUCAAAAAGAUCUCUUGAUCGGAUCCCAAAUUCAGCAUCUCGCAAGUCUUUGAAAAACAGUUCGGGUAAGAUUGCCGCGCCAGCUCUCCCUUCUAAACAGUCGUUGUACUCGCUGAAUUCAAUUUCUAAAAAAUCGGUGAACUUGAAAGAUUAUCUGCAUGACAAUGAAGUUCCCGCUUUACCUCUUCAGUCGGAAUUCGAAACACUAUGUGAGGAAAUCUUGUUUGGUAACAAAACAAAUGGGACUAUCCAGGAAGAGGAAACCAGUGACACACUGAGUAAUGCCCUGGAUGACUCUAGCCAGGCCUCUAUUGAGGAUGAUAGGAACAAAUCGGAUGAACAUGACAAAAACUUAUCGCAGGACGAAAAGAAAGCUUCUUCACCCACAAUCUCUAAACUGAAACUUACGCCUUCCAGUCGCAACCUCAGAAUAACGUCUGCUCCAUCUGGUCAGCCUACUAACGAAUUUUCACUGGAUCCACGUAGAAAUGUGUCACAACCUAACUCGAUUGAGAUGUUACUUAACAAAUACAACAUCCGUGCACGUCUAAAAUCUAAGAGCGAUUUGAAGAAUUUGAGAAACAGUGGAAACUGGCAGCAUGCUGAGCUGGAUCUAUCGAAAUCCGUACAGUUACCUAAUAUGACCAGUAAUGGAACUGAUCACACAGGUCUCUCUAUUGGAGCACCACCCGAUGACACUUCUCUUGCAUUAGCUCAAUCUACAACAUUAAGGCCACAGCAAGAUCAAAACCGUCUUUUAGCUGGUCAACAGCGAUUGCCGAAAGUUGCAGAGAAUCCAAGAGUUUCAGCAACGUCGCCGUCUACUACCUUCAGCAGCUCCGCGACGCUCAAAAACCUCAAGCAGUUUCUGCCAGAAAUAAAUGAUUCAGCGGCAACUGACUCUGUGCUUCAUCAUCCUUUACAAGGUUCAAUGAAACCGGAUAACGUCAAUGUCUCAGCAAAACCUUCCUGCAAAAGUUCUGCAGCAGCUGCAAGCCUUUCUGGACAGAGCGUAUUACGCAAAUUAAGCAAGGCUAGCAAUAUCGAUGGUCGCUCUGACAUUCUUUCAGAUAUGUCCUUUGCAAUGGAUAUACCUGUGGACACUUUUAAGGCCCAGGCCUUCCGUAUUUCUAACGAGCGUACCCUGGAAAACAACAAAAAUCGCGAGAGACCUAUUUUGCAUCAAGGGGACCUAGUUGAAGAGGACGAGAUUAAUAUAUUCGAGGAUGCCACUUGUGAUUCAACGUCUGUUGCAACGAGCUCAUCAGGUUUGGAUUCCCAACCGCAUGUGCACAGAAAGGCCACUUCUAUUGACACCCUCAACGCAACAAGCGUUUUGGCACCUAGCACAGAUGUAAGAGUUUCGCUUUACACCAACAAUAUGACCUCUUCGGCAAAACUACCAAGGGAAACCACGGAGGAGAUAAUUUCAAAAUUCAAGUUGUCGCCGCAGAAGGGACUAAUGGCGCAACAGAAGAGAUUCUCUUACCAGAAAUCCAGGGAAUCAAUAUCUCAAAGUGUUAUGUCAAUGUUUAAGGAUCUUGACGGCGAGGAUGACGGUGCUUUCAACGGAGAUUUCAACGGUGAAGAACAUGCUGGCUUAGAUAAAAAUCGCCAACCUAACGAGCUACCCAGAGAUGCUUCUGGUAGUCUCAAUGAUGCGGUUUUGGAGAAGGAACCGGCCUCUAAAAAGAGAGUUACUAUGUUAUUUGACGAUGAAGCUGGUAACGUGUUUAAAUCUUCUCCUUUGAAGGCGCAAGGAGGUAAUAAGCAUGGCGAACCUUUACGUGCACCUGCUUCGACCGCUAGCGCUCCCAUUACAUCAAAGACCAGUGAGCUUGAUCCGGUGAUAGAAAGUAUUCCAGGGGAACCUCAAGAUUUUAAAAAGCCUUUGCGUCCUGCUCCCCCACCUCCUGCAAAGCAAACGUGGUUUAGCAAGCUUUUCCGCUCAUUGACUCUUCAGCAUCCAAACAAAGAGGAGCUUGUAAGAGAUCAAUCAACGACGCUUUCGUUCGAGGAAGUUCAGCUUGUCAUGCUUAAAGAGUUCGCAAAGAACUCCAUUGAUUACACAUUGAAACGUCUUGACAAGCGGAAAGGUACCAGUCGUGCCGAUUAUAGCUGCCAGUUUCAGCGCGGACAAUUUCGCUUUAAAAUUCGCGUUGAGGGAACACAAGCUGGCGCCAAAAUCAACAUCAAAAAGAAAGGUCAGCAGGAUCAAGUCAUCUUCGAGAAGUUCAAUAGUGAUAUUUCCAAGGUUCUCAGGCUAGCAGAACGCACGUAA